UAAAGUUCAAUUCACAACUGCGGAUGCAGCUGACUAUAUUAUAUCAUUGGCUACACCACAUAUAUGGUAUGGGUCUAGUUAUUUGAAUGCUUGGAACAUGGAACGUGAUAUCAUACCAAAGCCGAAGACCUACGUGCACAAUAUGAAAGGAGUUGCAUUGCAUUUUGGAUGCCAGAUCUUGAAGGACAAAUUUUCGGUGUUCUGGGAGAGCAGAAACGUUUCUGUGAAAAUUGGGAAUGGAUUUAGUAAAUAUUACUUUUUUCUGUCCUAUUUUCCUGCAGAGUACAAGCUUGAGCUCUCUGAUGAGAACAUCGGUAAGAGAGAACUACGUCGUCCACAUGGUCAAGCUGAAUCCUUCCUUGUGUUGCAGGAUACGGUCAGUAUCCGUUUCAAGGCUGAGGUUAGCAGUGUGGGACCAUCAUCCGAACUCAUCUACUCUUACGAUCCAGUGCAGGGUAGAAGUUUUAUGUAAUACUUCAGUUUCAGUUUUUAUUUACUUUUGACGUUGAACUCUCAGGGUUAUAUUUAGGGAUCCCUGACGUAGGAUUUCCAAGUUGUAAUGAAGUACCGUAUUAAAUAAAGGAUGGAUGGAUGUUGUAUUAUUUAAUGUUUC